AUGUCAGACAUACAGAAAAGACUGGAGCAGAUACAGCAGGAACAGAGCAGUAUCGGCGAAGUCAGUAAGGAUAAGAUAAAGGAAAUGAUUGAAAAUGCCAGGAACAAAUGCCAUCCUUCGCAGCCCGCACCUCAGCAGCAAUCUUUACUAUCAAAAAUGCUUCCGAGCUGCUAUCCAAAGGCCUCAGUCGAAGGCACAUUCAGAGUCAGCAUACAAGACAUGAGUAUGGACAAUCUGCACGAGGAAACCGUCUUCUACAUAUUUUAUUCGUUUCCAGGAGACGAACUGCAGCUCAAGGCAUACAACAACAUCAUUAAGAGAAAGUAUCUGUUCUGUAAAAUAUACAAGUGCUUUGUUUUCCUGGCAUCCGGUGCAGUGGUUGAUCACAUUAAAAGACUUAUUGUGAUGUUUGAUCCGUACACAUGGUCAAAGGUGUCUGUAGAAGUGUCGUUUGACGAAAAGUUUGUCAGGUCAUUGGAAAAAUAA